CGCCUCGGGCGGACGUUCCGCUGAGCAGCGGCCCCACAGGUGGCCCCGGCCGCCGGGCCAUGGCCGGGCCCCGGCUCCCGACCCCGGAGGUCGCCCGCGGGAGCAGCAGUUUCCGUGGCGGCGGCACCGCGCUCCGCUGGCGGCGUGCGAAUUUGCAAGUUGCACUAAACUAAGACCUUGCUGCUGCAAGUAGAGCUUUGUUACCAUGAAGCUUGCCGGAAUUGUCUACAUCGGGGAACACUAUGGAGCAAUUUUCAACAUGGAGAAGAAACUGUUGUGUGCGUCUGGUCACAGAGGACAUUAUUUCACCGACAGAAAACUGCCAGUGAGUGAGGCAGCAAAUCCCUGGCACCAAACCCCUAGCUCUGGAGUGAAGGGAAAUGCUGGAGCACUGAAGGAUAAAACCAUGAGGGCAGUGGUGACAGGAGGCGGAGGCUACUUCGGAUACAAGCUCGGAUGUGCUCUUGCCAGCUCAGGAGCUUCGGUUGUUCUGUAUGACAUACACAAGCCUAUCUGGGAAAUUCCUAAUGGAGUAGUGUGCAUCCAGGCAGAUGUCAGGGAUUAUGAUGCCGUAUUUGCAGCCUGUGAAGGGGCUGACUGUGUGUUUCAUGUAGCUUCAUAUGGAAUGUCAGGAAGAGAACAAUUGCACAGAGAAGAGAUUGAAACAGUAAACAUCAAUGGGACAAGAUUCAUCAUUGAUGCUUGCAAACAGAGGAACAUCACUAGACUGAUAUACACCAGUACAGUAAAUGUGGUGUUUGGAGGGCUUCCUAUUGAAGAUGGUGAUGAGGAAACUGUGCCAUAUUUUCCUAUAGAAAAGCAUGUUGAUCAUUAUUCCAGAACCAAAUCAAUUGCAGAACGAAUGGUACUAGCAGCUAAUGGAACUCCACUAGCAGGAGGUGGAGUACUCUAUACAUCUGUUCUUCGCCCACCAGGAAUUUAUGGACCAGAAGAGCAAAGACACCUGCCAAGGCUAGCAAAGAAUAUUGAGAGAGGGAUACUUAACUUCAAGUUUGGGGAUCCUUCUGCUAAAAUGAACUGGGUGCAUGUAGAGAAUCUUGUACAAGCUCAAAUUCUGGCUGCUGAAGCUCUCACUGCUGAGAAGAACUACAUAGCUAGUGGUCAGGUGUAUUUCAUUCACGAUGGUGAAAAGUUCAACCUUUUUGAAUGGUUAGCUCCACUUUUUGAAAGAUUAGGUUGCAGUAAGCCAUGGAUACCUAUUCCUACUUCCUUAGUUUAUGCAUCAGCCACAGUAAUGGAGCAUCUUCAUCUGAUACUGAAACCAUUGGUUGAGCUGUCGCCUCUGCUGACCAGAAAUGAGCCUUUGCUGAGCUCUCCUGUGCACUCACACUUGGCAUGCUGGCUCCUUUGCCGACAGGUGCAGAACAUCUCCACCACGCACACCUUCCGCAUUGACAAGGCCCGCAGGCAGCUGGGCUACAGCCCAGGGAAGUUUGCAUUCGCCGAUUCUGUGGAGCAUUACAUCAAAACCAGAGCGGAGGCCCGGAAUGAGCACGUCUUCCCCAGAGUGAUGCUUUUGUUCAUUGCUAUCUUAAGUUUGAUUUUUCUUUCUUUAAGGUUUGAUGACCUUUCAGUUUUGCACUUUUUUAAGGAAACACAGCACUGACUGACACAGACUGCACGUACCCACGGAACAUCCCCAGCUCCACAACACCGACAGGCCCCAGUGCAAUCAUUACACAGGCUCUUAUUGUAGAUUAAGACCAAAGCAAACCUAAACACCACCACCAACACUGUAAGCAAUCACAGCCUGAGGCACACUGAAGUCGCCACUGUUGGAUCGAUGUACUGCGCACCACAGAUCUUUCCAUGACUGCUGAAGAGCACGAGGAGCUGCGAAAGGAACACAAGCCCCAGCCCACAGUGCUUCAUCCAUGGAGAAAAACGGCGGAAAGCAGGAGAUGGAGUCACGGCAGCAGCUCGUGGCUGCGGGGAUCUCAGGAACGUGCGCAGGAACCGCGUGCACCGCUCACGGCUGCGAAUCACACCUGCGCGCUGCACAGAGUUCACGCGUUGUGCAGAGAAUUGGCUUUGAGAAUUGGCUGUGGUGUCACUGCAUAUGAGGGAAAAUAAAAGCAAACGCGAAGCUCAA